AAGUUAUUCUUCUUUGCGUCAAGUUGUGUAAAGUUGCAGGUAAAAGUGUCUGUGACACUUGUAAGAAACAACGCUUUACUCCGCACAAGCAAUACUUCAGUGGAGGUUAGUUGUUGUGACAAUGGGUCAUAUGCCUUUUGCUUGUGCUGAAUUCUGGGAUACGUCUAGCCCCCUGCGUCUGAAGGCACGCACUGCACGAUUUCAGCCCACAUAAACUUUGGUGUUGCUAUACGUCUUCACAAUUAUGGAGUCAGUGAGACGAUAUCACCUUUCCUUUUUGUGCCGUGUUGUUUUGUUUGCGGUUCUAUGGCAGUUUACCAGAACUGAUUGCCCUGCCGAUGGACGCACCUGGGUGCCUUUUAGAAAUAGCUGCUAUCAUUUUGUACAUGGAGAAGAAGAUACAGCGAAAAGUUAUACUGUUACAGAGGCCAAGAGAUUCUGCCAAGCAAAUGGUACAGGACUUCUGCAGAUCUCUAGUGCAGAAGAAAAUGAAUUCAUCAUUAAAUACAGCCCCAAUGUUUGGAAAGGCAACCUGAAUGUGUGGCUGGGCAUGUCAUAUGAUACCAAAGUGAAGACAUUUCAGUGGUUCGAUCAUACGACUCUAAGCUAUAAGAACUGGGAGGACCGUUCGGACCCGUCACCUGUCGACACCUGCGUGGCCUUGCACCUGAGCACAGGCAUGUGGCUUAAAGUGAGCUGUGCUGACGACCCAGAGCAUGGAGUGGUCUGUCAGGCUCCAGGAGAGGCGUUGGAAGAUUGUCCCAACGAUGGGCAAAAAUGGGUCUCCUCUGGGAUCAAAUGCUACCUUUUUGUCCAGGCAGGAGAGGGAGCAAAGUCAUUCACAUUUGAAGCUGCCAAGGCAUUAUGCAAAGGCCACGAGCUUCUGCAGAUAACCGACGCAGAAGAGAAUCAGUAUAUUGUUGAUUACAGUCCCAAUGUCUGGAAAAGCAACAUCAAUGUGUGGUUGGGCAUGUAUUAUGACACCGAUGCGGAUGAUUUCAGUUGGUUUAACAAUGGAUCGAUGGCCUACAGGAACUUCGAGGACGGCGGCGACGCGCAUGAUGAUGACACCUGUGCGGCCAUGCACCUUACCAGCGGACAGUGGAUGAAAGCGAGCUGCAAGGACAACAUGCAGCACGGCGUGGUCUGCGAAGCUGCGGACAAACCCGUCGAGACAGGGAAAACAAAGGGUAGUCCUUUGAUGUCAGCGCUGGUCAUCCUGAGCGUGGUGGCCAUUUUGGGCAUCUCCGCGGUGCUCUGGUUUGUGCAUCAGAGGAAGAAUCCCGGCUCUUCCAUCCUCACCGCUUUUGAGUACCACCCGCCGUUCCGAUCGGGCGAUGUUGACGAGACAUGCCUGGUGGAGGCGGAGGAGAAUGAUGACCAACCUUAAAAGUGUUGCUUAGACAGAGCUUUUGAACACACAUUUCACUCACUUGAUUCUAUCUUGUAUUGUUUUCAUUUCAUCGUAUUGAGUCACAUUCUCUUGAUGAUAGUGUGAAAACACUAUGAGAUUACUGAAGAUCGUUUGUACAGCUCUGAUUUGCACAGUCCUAAUAUACUUCAAAAGGUCAUGAAGAGACCGGAGUACAUCACACACACAACACACACACACACACACAUAAAACAAACACACACACACACACACAUUGCAUUCUUCACAUGAACAAGAUUUCUCAACCACUAACACUGGGCCUGUGACUCAGUCAGCAGCCAGAUAUAAAAUGUGCCUUAAACCAGUUAGGUCUCACACAUGAAGCAAUACUGCUUUCAGUAUGUGGUUAAAGCCUGUCCUCAAAUGUUUGUGUGAGAACAGGAAGGUAAAUUGGAGCACCCUCAUGACUCUCCCCUUGCUUUCAUAGCACUGCAUCCAAGACAUGUUUCAGCAUGCCACAGAAGGCCACAAUCCAAUCUGCAUCUGUGCUGUUUGCGCAGUCGAGACAUAAUCACAGAAUAGCCUUGAUGACUGCAGUCUAAAUGUUUUCUUUAGUUUAUUUUUUUUUAUUCAGAGUGUUUUUAUCCGCACCUAUAAUCAUUCAUGAUCUUUAGUAGACCGUCCCAUUCUGUGGCCCAUUUUAUUGUGUGUUUGUCUCUGUCACUGCACCUCCCCAACCCCACAGGUCAGUAUCCAGUGUGUUAAAGGAUAGGUGGACCUUGACUUCUGUCAAGGAUUGUGCAAGGGAUGUUUUCCCCAAACAUUUGGGUUGAGGCUUGUGCUCAGGGAAAAAAAAACAACAGCCCAACGCCCUUUGGAAAUGUAAGAAUUGCUAGCCUUUCAUGUUCAAAAGGCUUUGGGGUGUUUGUUCUUGUCUCCAUUUGUUUUCUUGCUGCAAAAAUACUGAUAUAAGCGCUUGCACUGUAGUUACAUGGUUGCUCACAAUUGCAGAAGCUCCUUUACAGCUGUUGCUAAUCUUUGAAACAAAUUGGGGCUCGGGCAUUCUGACACAAUUUCAAUCAUUUUUUUUGCCAUUUGUAUGAUUCGACAGUGUUUUGUAAAUGCUUUUGUGUAAAUGUUUGAAACCUUUUUUUUUUUUCAACUCUAAGGACUUGCUGUUCCCUUGAGGAGUAAUACGGUUCGUCCUGAAAUCCCACUGUGGACUAUUUGAUAAGAACUUCCUUCAGUUCAGUGCUUUUUCUUUAUUGAGCAUGGAAUCCAAGCACUUUUAUUAAAAGCCAAACUAAUUGGUUGACUAUUCCUGUACAAAUUUUGUUCAUGUUUUUUUCCCCUGUUUGUGAACCAAAUGUAAAUCCCUUAUUAUAAAUAAAGCCACUUCAAGGCUGUUUCUGUCAUUUGUCCCAGAGAUGAAUAAAGAAUGGUUUUAGUCA